AUGGAAGUGGUACUGGCAAGAAUCCAGAGACAAUUGGGCAGUGGUAACACAAAAUUGGCAGCGUCGAAACCCACCAGCCCAGCCUUCUAUGACAGUAAUGGUGGCCACCAAGACGAGGAAAAUCCCCAGGGGACUAGAACAGCAUCUCAUACCAACAAUGGUGAUCAUAUAGACGAAGAAAUCUCCCAUGAGCCAGAAUCACAGCCAGCUAUCAUCAAGAUGAAGAAGUCCCCCAUGAUUUUAUAG